CGCAAAUAUGCUUUAUCCAAAAUCGCAACACAUUUAAAAUGGAAUAGUUUAUGUGUAUGAAUAUCAAUGGCCUUUCAUGCGCAAAUAUACUUUAUCCAAAAUCGCAACACAUUCAAAAUGAAAUAGUUUAUAGUGAAAUCUGUACAAAUAGCGCUGAAAAGCUGAAGGAAAUUGUAAGAGGCAUGUUUGAUGGGGCUAGUGGAUUGCCUGAUUCGUUGAAGCUGAUAAAUACCAUCCAAAGGCUAGGACUGGAUUACCAUUUCCAUGAUGAGAUCAAGAGCGCCCUCGAAAAAACUUAUAUUCAUAGCAGAAAUUGCCAUGUUUCUCAGAAUGACCUGACCAUUGAAGCACUAAAGUUCAGGCUCUUUAGGCAACAUGGUUAUGAAAUCUCUCAAGGUUCGCUCUCUAUCUGUACAGAUGCCACAACUUUUUUUAUAAAUGUCUUAAAGAGCUUUACAGAAAAGACUAAUGAUAACAAAGGCAAGGCUAAAGACUUGGAGGGCCUGCUGAGUUUAUAUGAAGCUUCAUUCUAUGCUUACGAAGGGGAGGAAAUCUUGAAUGAAGCUCAACAAGUCACAAUCAAACAUCUCAAGAAUUGCCUAAAAGAAAUAAUUAACAACAGAAGUAGCAUGUCGAUUUUUCUAGAAGAAGAGAUUAGUCAUUCCUUGGAGCUUCCUUUGUUAUGGAGAGUUCCGAGAAUGGAGGUCCGAUGGUACAUAAACAUGUCUGAGUUGAAACAAGAUAUGCACCCUUGCUUGCUUGAAUUUGCUAAACUCGACUUCAAUAUGGUGCAAGCAAAAUAUCAUGAAGAUCUAAAAUAUGCAUCAAGGUGGUGGAGGGAAUUGGCCCUUGAUAAAUCGCUGGGAUUUGCUAGAAACAGACUAGUAGAAAGUUUUCUUUGGAUUGUAGGGUUUAACUCUGAGCCUAAAUUCGGAAAUGUGAGGAAACAAGUCACCAAAACUGCUUAUCUCGCGACAGUCAUUGAUGACGUUUAUGAUGUCUAUGGUUCACUGGAUGAACUCAAGCUAUUUACAGAAGCUGUCCAAAGGUGGGAUAUAAAAACAGUGGAAAACCUUCCAGGUUACAUGAAGAUAUGUUUCUUUGCUCUCUAUAACACUGUCAACGAAAUGGGCUAUGAGGUUCUGAGAAACAACAAUUUAGACGUUAUGCCAUACUUAAAGAAAUCGUGGGUAGAUUUAUGCAAUGCGUACUUGCUAGAAGCAACAUGGUACUAUAGUGAAUACAUACCAACACUUGAAGAAUAUACAGAUAUCGCAUGGAUUACCGUAGGAGGGCCUCUGCUGAGCAUUCAUGCUUAUUGUCUACUUGGAGACCAUGAAAAUAUUACAAAAGAAGCAUUAGAAUGCAUGACCAACAACCAAUCUGAUCUCAUUCGCUGGUCAUCCAUGAUUCUCCGACUUGCAGAUGAUUUAGUAACCUCGAAGGAUGAGCUAAAAAGGGGGGAUGUUGCAAAAUCAGUACAGUGUUACAUGCAUGAAACUGGCGUCUCAGAGUCUAUUGCCCGUGUACAUAUGCAACAUCUGAUUCGUGCUUCAUGGGAAAAAAUGAAUACAAGUCUAUCUUCUUCACGGGAUGUUUUCCCGAGUUCGUUUAUCAACACUGUCCAAAAUGUAGCUAGAAUGGGACAGUAUAUGUACCAAAUCGGAGAUGGUCAUGGUAUACCAAAUCGCGAAACAAAAGACAGGAUUAUGUCCAUUAUUGUUAAGCCCAUCAUAGUUUAGGAGAUGGGAGGCUUAAUGAGCCUACUAUUUAUGUAACAAAAGGAAAUCAAUUACACGAUUUAUUUUUAUUUUUA